CGUGACGUCACAUGUAAACACCAGCAGCACCUAUGGCCUGCAGGUUCUGCUCACCCUGUCAGCUGAGCAACGAUGUUAAAAAUAAAGAACCGCAUGAGAUACAGCACGCCGUGCGUCGCCGCUGUGAAGCUAUUCUCCUCCCGCCCUGCUAAAAACCCCUUCGUGUUUCUGGACAUCGAGGCCGACAGUGAGCCUCUUGGAAGAAUAACCAUUGAGUUGAAUGCAGCUGUAGUGCCAAAGACUGCAGCAAACUUCAGAUCAUUGUGCACUGGGGAACCUGGCUUUGGAUUCAAGGGAUCUGUGUUUCACAGGAUCAUACCUGGGUUCAUGUGUCAGGGGGGAGAUUUCACCGACUACAAUGGCACAGGAGGGAAAUCUAUAUAUGGCAAGACUUUUAAUGACGAAAACUUCAAAUUAAAACACACAAGCCCAGGAACUCUUUCAAUGGCGAAUUCAGGGCCAAACACCAACGGCUCCCAGUUCUUCAUCUGUACGGCUAAAACUGAAUGGCUCGAUGGUAAACACGUUGUCUUCGGGCAGGUGAGGGAAGGUAUGGACGUGGUCACCAAGAUGGAAUCCUUUGGUUUACACGACGGUGGGGUGCUUAAGAAAAUUGUAAUCACUGACUGUGGGGAGAUUAAAUAACACUCAUAAUCACAAGUGGACUUCUGUUUGAUGACUCGCCAUGCAGCAAUUUAGUAUUUACUUUAACUUUCAUCUGGAAGAAACUGUCACCAGUGAUGUUGCUCUGCUUUAAAGGCCCUGACACAGAGCCAAUGAAGGUCCAAUGUCGGGAAUUUUCGCCAAACGCUGCUUUGUUUCAUGUUUGUAUCAUAACAACGGCUUGUCCUCGAUUUCCCUGUUUCACCUUUUCAUUUGGCAAAUACAGACUACCGCCGUCAGCAGGUAUUGGACAUUUUUCCUAUAUGCAGGCACAGAACCUCCGUCUAGUUAGCCUUUAGCUGUUUCCUUUGCAUUGUGUUCUUUUUGGCACAUGUGCAAAUCUUAAAAGCUGAUAUUUCUGUUGAUGUUCAAAAAAAUAUUGCUUUUAUAUUGGGAGUUGACCCAUUUUGUUUGUGUACAAGCACUAAGUCACCCACCAUGUAAAAUGUUCCUAUUAUGCAAUUACUCACAAUUUACUGCCAAAUAAAAUAACUGUUUCCAGAU